UCCUGUUUACCGCCUGUUGUACCUUCAGACUGUAGUACACCGAUUGCGACACCACUCUCCACUGCUGGGGCUCACCCACAACAACAUAUGCUACACCGAGGUCCUGCAGCCACGGGGUCGACUGCUGUACGACUUUAAUCCGUUUAUCAUCAUGGCCGUGGUUACUAAGGAGACAUGAAGACGUGACAUUGAGCAAGCGUGAGCAGGCCGGGAAGGAUCCUGGAGAUUUCCUGACUCUAGCUGACCGGGAGUUCAGUUAGCUGGUGCUGGGAGUCGGGCAUCACUUCAGCAGGUGUCGCAAACGAAACAGUGGUGAUGUGGAGGACUACAAAGGCCUAAAAUAGUCUCAAAUGCGUUAUACGAGGGGUUUGAGUUAGUGGGAACGACCAACAUACGCCUUGGAAGCUCAACUAGCCUGUUGGCUAGUCGUGCUAACUCCGCUAGCAGUAGCAGCGGCAGCCGCCGUGGUGUGAGUGGCCGGCUGUGCGGGCUGGCUAACGGCUUGUGUUUGGAGAGUGGAGCUGCGCGCCGGUGCCCUGAAUUCAGGAAGAAUCCCCGGCUCCGGCCCCCUCAAGCGGGCAGUCAGGAAUAAGCUGGCUGGGAAGGGAUGGCCUGGUCGGUCUUCCCGUUCCAGAGGACAAGGCUCCGCGGUGUUUGAAGGAGGUCGAGUUCGGCUAGAGGCCACCACCGCGGGUCGAGGCGCUAUGAUGGCCGCCUCCCCCUCCGCGGCCGGCGGCUUCACGGCCUCCGGUCUGUCGGUCAAAAAGAGCGAGGAAAUAGCGGAUUUGAUAGAUUUGUUUUCCAAGAUUCAGUACAGAGCGAAGGAAGUAACUCCUCGGGUGGAGGCCAUAGAGAAGCGUUGUCUGGACUUAUUUGCCAGAGAUUACAAGUACAGUAUCAUCCACAAUGCCAAUGGAGAAGUGUGUGGACAUUACCCACGGCAGAUAGUUUUCCUGGAGUAUGAGUGCACAGAUGUCGAGAGAGACAGGUUUGAGAGCACAGUGCAGAUCAGUAAGCUGCAGGACCUGGUGAACCGGAGUAAGCUGGCUCGCUGCAGAGGGAGGUUCGUCUGUCCUGUCAUCCUCUACAAUGGCAAGCAUAUUUGCCGGUCGUCCACUCUGGCAGGAUGGGGGGAGCUUUACGGACGCACAGGCUACAACUACAUCUUCUCAGGGGGCAGUGACGACACGUGGACAGAGUCUGAGGAGGUUCCAGAGGAUGACAGCGCAGCCAGGAACGGGGACUCCCAGCUCUUCGACAAGGUUCGAGGCCACGACAUUAAACUGCUACGUUACCUCUCGGUUCGCUACAUCUGUGACCUAAUGGUGGAGAACAAGAAGGUUAAGUUUGGCCUAAAUGUGACAUCCUCUGAGAAGGCGGACAAGGCCCAACGCUAUGCAGACUUCACCUUGCUCUCCGUGCCUUACCCUGAUGAGAGUGGCCUCCUGGUGCACUGCAUAUCAGGCUGGGACCGGACGCCUCUGUUUGUGUCCCUCCUCAGGCUCUCUCUGUGGGCAGACGGCGCGGUGCAUGCCAGCCUGGAGCCGGCCCAGAUCCUGUAUCUGACCAUCGCCUACGACUGGUUCCUCUUCGGUCACAUGCUGCCAGAUCGACUCUCCAAAGGGGAGGAGAUUUUCUUUUUUUGCUUCAAUUUUUUGAAGCACAUUGUCUCAGAGAAGUUCUCUGCUGUUAGGAAACAGAGAAGGAAGAACUCCCACUUCAAAGACGGUGAUUUCACUGUGGAAGACCUCUGCCAGUUAAGUAAGUCUCAUACAUUCCUCCCUCCGCACAGGCCCACAUACAGGGUACCACUGAUGGAUCUUUGAUGGAUGUAGCUCAUUUAUAGCACACAUUUUAUUUUGUAACUAUGUUUAAUUACAGUCAUGGUAGUUGGUACUAUUGCAUGGUUCCUAAACCUAGAUUUGAGACUUAGACACCAAAUAUCCUGGAAAUAAUCUGUGUUGUUUUGAUUGUACUUAAGCCCCUC